GAAAAAAGAAAAAAAGAAAACCGAAACCAAAACCCAAACAAAAACAUCGAAACAAACCACCAUCAUCACCAACACCGCAAAGGAGACGAAGGUUGUGGAAGAGGGAGGAGGAGAGAAGCUCAACAAUGGUUGGCGAUUUCAUGGUUUGUGUCGAUCGGAUCAUCGCAUCCGCUUGUUUUGACCCCCACAAUGGUCUUGCCGUGGCUGCUGCGCCGGCGGCGCUUGUGAAGAAUGGGCCGGCGGGCUUGGAGGAAGGAUCGUCUGAGAAUAAGAAGGGUGGGUCGGUGAAGAAGAAGAAGAAGAAGGGUGGAGGAGAGGUUAUUGAGUGUAGGAUUUGUCAGGAGGAAGGAGAGGAAGGUGAUAUGGAGUCUCCUUGUGCUUGCAAUGGCACCCUCAAGUUUGCCCACAGGAAAUGCAUUCAAAGAUGGUGCAAUAAAAAAGGGGACAUUACAUGUGAAAUCUGUAACCAGGUAUAUACCCCAAACUACUCCGUCCCUCCAAGCAGGGCCACUUCAGAUGUGAUGGCCAUUGAUAUCAGACAAAACUGGGCCACUGGGAUCGACCUUAACAAUCCUCAUUAUCUAGCCAUUGCCGCUGCAGAGCAGGAGUUCCUUCGUGCAGAAUAUGAAAAUUACGCAGCUGCAAGCUCCAGUGGCAUAUAUUGUUGCCGAACUGUUGCUCUCAUUUUAAUGCUACUGCUGCUUGUGCGCCACAUUCUCAUGGUCAUUGUCGACUCAGGGAUGGUUCAAGAUAUAUCACCUUUCUUCAAUGUGUCUCUUCUUCAGUUUCUGGGAUUUUUACUGCCGUGCUACGUGAUAGUGCGGGCAUGCUACAUUGUACAAAGCCGGCGGAGGCGUCAGGUUUAAUAAUUUCCGAAAGCCUUCAGAUUCUACUGAAAAAAACCGAAGAAGGUGAAAGCAUGCUCUUCCCGUGGCGAAGCUUUUCGGGUUCCUCUCUUUUUUCUUUUUUUCGUUUUCGCUUUCCCUUCAUUUAUAUCUGAAUCUGUCAGGCUUGAAUCAAAUGCUUUCCAUGUUUCUCUCUUCCCUUAAAUUUCAAGGGAUUCCACUGAAUUCUUGGAAGUUUAUUUUAGUUAUAAACUAACAAAGAAUCAAUCAAUUUCUUGGAAGUGUAAAUACAGAACAUCUUCUUCACCUCUCCAUGUUAAUUGCAAGUGUUCUUAUCA